AUGGCGACAAAACAACAUUUUGUUUUAUUUGAAAAUGUGACGGGUUACAGUCUUAUCCUUGUAAAAGAGUUCGACGAAAUUGUCCGUAGAUUCACAGCUCACGUAAAUUCAUUUCUCAAGCCCGUUGCAUUUGUACCAUUCAAAUCUGUUCACGAGGCUUUGGAGAAUGUACAGUGUAUAAGUGACGGCCGAGUUUCUCCUUUACUAUCAGAAUUUUUGCGUCAAAACCUCCCAACUAGAGAUGCCAUUCUCGGCGUAGCUGAGCAGGAACUCGGAGAAAGUAUAUCAGAACUUGGUAUCGGUUUUGAAUGUAUAUGGGACUCUUCCAUUCAAGAAAUCCUUCGUAUUGUUCGAGCAAACUCCUCAAAGCUUCUACGAACCCUCGUUGUUCAGCCAGGUGGUGUAAAGCCAUCAAAGGCCUCCAAAGCUACUGCGGUUCAAGAGACUGUACCCGGUAAGAAGGCGGAGAGACGUGCCCGUUUAGUUGUCGCCCUCACACGUGCAAGGCUUCAGUUGAAUCUUGAACAGCAUUUAGCAGACACCGGAGUUGUCAAAUCCCUUGAACUCCUGGAUAGCAUGGAUUCGAAUCUCACGAAAUCGGUCAAGCACCUUUGUACUUCCUAUGCUGUUCAUUUUCCUGAACUUUGUCGCAAUGGGGUGUUGGUUGGUGUAGACGAUUUCGCUUUCGCCUCUAUCGUUGCAAAUUGUCCGCUCCGUGAUGACCUCGUAAAGGAUAAAGGACGACUUUUGGAAUGGCUGGGUGGUGAUCAAGAGCUAACCGAUAAGAUCAUCAGUCUUGCUAAUUCUUCUACUGGUCAGGAUCUGGCUCCGGAUGAUGUCAAGGUUCUUCAACAUUAUGGACAGUUUCUUCUGAAAUUACUUAAGUCGCGUACAGUAUGCUGUGAGUUGUUGGAUGCUCGAGUUAGGUCCCUCGUGCCUAAUUUAACAUCAUUAAUGGAUCAGACUCUUCCCGGACAGGAUAAAAAUGAAGCAUUAGAGCGCGUGAGGAAAGUUGGUGAUAGAGUCUCACCUGCAAUUAUAGCUGCUCGUCUAAUUUUGCACGCCGGAACCCUGGACAAACUAGCUAGAAUGACUAGUUCCAGGGUUGAUUCUCUUGGUGCUUCGAGAUCCCUCUUUCGUCGUGGUGGAGCUGCUGCAGCGGCAGCUACUGGUCUUCUCCAACGCACUGUAUCAUUUCCAGCCUCAUCUCAGCAACAGCUCCCAAGUGAAACUGUCAUUUCUUCUCUCGCGGCAGAUAUCAUUGAAAUGAGUGGAGGUCGUCUACAUCCGAUUGUCGUUCGUAGAAAGGUUGCUCGGCUUCUUGCAGCAAAGUCCACGCUGGCUGUUAGAGCGGAUUGCUACCGGCGAAUGGACCCGUUUGCCACUGAGAGUCUAGAGGUCCCAGAAAGACUCGAAUCGGGGGCCUAUGGUGCUUCCCUGGGGGAAGAAACCAAAAGACAACUUAGAGUUUGGGCAGAAGCAAACGGUGUUCAUCUGGGGCGAACUGCAGAGGAAUUACAGGUUUGUCCUAAGCAACGUGAAAAGCGGAAGAAGUACCGCAAAACGAAAAGAAAGAGGUGGCUAAAGCGCAAAUUAGUUGGUACUUCUAAUCCUGCACAGUCCACCACGAAUGCUGUUCCCGCACCGGUGGUGACUGAGAAUGGUGUUUCCAUUGGUGAUGGUAGUGAUGUUGAUUCUAACAGUUCUAAUGAGGAAUUCGAACAAGUCAAUGCGAAACGGCCGACUCUGCCUUUUUUGCCUAGUUCAAAACGUGCCAGAUCAAAAGAAUCAUAUGAGGAUGAAAGUUCUACUAUAAAUAAUUUAAGUAGCUCAACUUUAUGUCGUGAACUUGAUGAGUCAAAAGCAUCAGAUGACAAUUCGACUACCGAAGAAGAAAGUCUUGAAGCUGAAUCAAAUGUUAAGUCACGAAAACGACGUGCUCGUGGUGGAAAAACAGCCAAGAAAUCAGUAAAACGAGCUAAGAUAAGUGAACCCCCUGGACAGCGUGUUCUUCGAUCAUCAGUUCGCCGGAAGACAUCCCUCAAACAAUGA